AUGGAUUUCAAUGACAGCUCGUCCAGCGGUUACUCCUCCAGUCAUGAUGGAAAUAAGGAUCUGGCCCACAUGAAAACGAUAAUGGUGACCGGUGCUGCAGGAUUUAUUGGAGGAUGGUUUGUGCGGCAUAUGCUGCGCGAAUACGGAGACAAGUACAUCAUCGUUGGAUUUGAUAAUCUGGAAUAUUGCGCGUCCCUGGCCAAUUUUACCGAGGUUCAACAUUUGAGCAAUUUCCAUUUUGUCAAAGGGGAUAUUUGUGAUAUCAAAGACGUGGAGAAUAACCUUGGAAGAUAUAGCGUGGAUGCAAUUGUGCAUUUCGCGGCGAAGACUCACGUCGACGAGUCAUUCCGGACUCCCCUUUCAUUUACCGCGACUAAUGUCCUAGGAACUCAAAUCCUGCUGGAGGCUUGUCGAAAACAGGGAAAUAUCCAGAGAAUCGUACAUGUGUCAACAGACGAGAUAUACGGCGAGAAUGACCCGGCUCAGUUAGUUUCAUUCACUGAAGAUCAUCCUAUGAACCCGACAAAUCCAUAUUCAGCAAGCAAGGCAGCAGCGGAAAUGAUAGUCAAGGGAUACCAGAAGUCAUUCAAAAUGCCGAUCAUAAUAACACGGUGCAAUAACGUAUUCGGUCCAUAUCAGUUUCCUGAGAAAUUGAUUCCAAAAUUCAUCAUGCUGUUCAACGAUAACCUGAAGAUGCCAAUCCAUGGCGAAGGGAGGAACGUGCGUGCGUUUCUAUACGCAGCCGAUGCAGCAGAGGCUCUUGACGUGAUAUUCCAUAGAGGCAUCCCCAGCGAGGCUUACAACAUUGCAUCUAGUAACCAGGUGCAGGUUUUGGAAGUUGCAAAAAAGAUUGUUCAGAGCUCAAAGCACCUCUCACGAGAUCUAUUCAACUCAAUCGAAAUGGUAAAGGAUCGGCCUUUCAAUGACAGCAUGUACUGGACCGAUGGAAGCAAACUGGAAGCGCUAGGUUGGAAACAACGCACGGGAUUCGACGAGGGUUUGCAAAGGACUAUCCAGUGGUACUCUAGGAUCGAUGGAGUUUGGUGUCAGCGUGACUCUCCAUGGAAGGAUUAUUGA